CCAUAUACCAUUAGGCAAUCGAAGAAAUCCUGGCCAUAGAAAUAAUAUCAAUCGGACGGUAGGAAGCGAGUUACUAGAAUCUUCCUCCCUAGUCGGAAACCCUUAUUUAUCUGCUGAGGCCUGCCCUGAGGAGCGUGUUCUGCUCGUGCCGUCUACCCUUUCUGUUCCUUGGCUUUUGCUCUCAACAUCCACACACUCCCUCUCCUUCGUCCCUUUAGAAAGCAUGGGGAAGUCAUAUCCCACCGUGAGCGAUGAAUACAAGCAGGCAAUUGAGAAAUGCAAGAGGAAGCUCAGGGGACUCAUUGCUCUGAAACAUUGUGCCCCCAUUAUGCUCCGAUUGGCAUGGCACUCAGCUGGUACUUAUGAUGUUAAGACAAGGACAGGUGGUCCAUUUGGGACAAUCAGGAAGCCGGCUGAGCUUUCUCAUGGCGCCAACAAUGGCCUUGACAUCGCUAUCAGGCUCCUGGAGCCCAUCAGGGUGCAGUUCCCCAUCUUGUCUAAUGCUGAUUUUGACCAGUUGGCUGGUGUUGUUGCUGUAGAAGUUACUGGAGGGCCCGAGGUUCCUUUCCAUCCUGGGAGGGAGGACAAGCGUGAACCCCCUCCAGAAGGCCGCCUUCCAGAUGCCAACAAAGGUUCUGACCACUUGAGGGAUGUAUUUGGUCACAUGGGUCUCAGUGAUCAGGACAUUGUUGCUCUCUCUGGCGGACACACCCUGGGAAGGUGCCACAGGGAGCGCUCUGGAUUUGAGGGAGCUUGGACUACCGAUCCCCUGAUCUUCGAUAAUACCUACUUCAUAGAGCUUCUGAGUGGAGAGAAAGAGGGUCUUAUCCAGCUUCCAACAGACAAGGCCCUUCUUAGUGAUCCAGUUUUCCGUCCCCUCGUUGAAAAAUAUGCUGCUGAUGAGGAUGCUUUCUUUGCAGAUUAUGCUGACGCUCAUUUGAAGCUUUCUGAAUUGGGAUUCGCUGAGUGCUGAUUUGAAAAUCUUAAUGAUGUGGAGGGAAGUAGGGAUGGAAGUUAAAAUGGGUUGUUAGUAGUAGCGAUGACUGCUGUCGUAAUAAAUACCAGGCCUCAAGUCUUCAUUUUGAUUUACCGAAUUUCCGUGGCAAUGAGCUGUUUGGCCUUUAAUGUUCUGUUUUUGUGGCUCAAGAACUGAAAUAGUAGGCAGUGAUAUAUUUACGCCUUUUUGGUAAUAUGAAGAUAAGUUUGUGCAAAUGUUAUGUUUUUGGUUUAGCUGGUUUUUGGUAGUUGUGAUUGUGA